AUGGCAGACUGGAGAAACCAAACGGCCAUCACAGAAUUCUUACUCUUGGGAUUCAGUGAGCUCCCUGACCUACAAAUUCUUCUCUUCCUGAUAUUCCUAGUGAUCUACAUGGCAACUGUGUCCGGGAACACCCUCAUCGUGGUGCUCAUUGUGGCUGAUCAGCACCUUCACACCCCCAUGUACUUCUUCCUGGGGAAUUUGUCCUGCCUGGAGACCUGCUACACCUCGACCAUCCUGCCAAGGGUGCUGGCCAGUCUCCUGACUGGGGACAAAACCAUCUCAGUCAGUGGCUGUAUCACACAACUGUAUUUCUUUGGGUCUCUGGCAGGUACGGAAUGCUGUCUCCUAGCAACGAUGUCUUAUGAUCGGUAUUUAGCGAUAUGUAAACCCCUGCAUUAUUCAACUCUUAUGAAUACCAGGUUUUGCCUCCAGUUAGCUGCUGGCUCCUGGUUAAAUGGUUUUUUGGCUCUUACCAUCUUUGUCUUAUUCCUAUCACAGUUAAUAUUCUGUGGCCCAAAUGAAAUGGACUAUUUCUAUUGUGAUCCCAUGCCACUGAUAAAGCUCUCCUGCAGUGACACACACCUGGUCAUAUUGCUGGAUUUCAUAUUAGUCUCUGUAUUCACCCUGCCUCCAUUCCUACUAACCCUGACAUCCUACAUAUGCAUCAUCACCACCAUCCUGAGAAUCCCUUCCAUCACUGGGAGGCAAAAGGCCUUUUCCACCUGCUCCUCUCACCUCAUUGUGGUGACAAUUUUCUAUGGAACCAUAAUGAUUGUGUACCUGUUACCGAAACAUGAUACACUGAAAGACCUGAACAAAGUGGUCUCUCUUUGCUACACAGUCUUGACUCCCCUGUUAAACCCCCUCAUCUACAGCCUGAGAAACAGAGAGGUCAAGGAAGCCUUAAUCAAAGCAGUCAGUAAAUGUGGCUUUCACAGAAAUGUGCAGAUACACCUAGAUAAUAACAUAGCCUGAUAAUAACAUGCAUCCGAUGAAGUGAGCUGUAGCUCACGAAAGCUUAUGCUCUAAUAAAUUUUUUAGUCUCUAAGGUGCCACAAGUACUCCUUUUCUUUUUGCGAAUACAGACUAACACGGCUGCUACUCUGAAACAUAGCCUGAGGUUUUCAAAGCUGCCUGGGUGAUUUCAGCAAUCAGCCUCCAUUAAAAUGAAGUUGAAAAGUCCAAGUUAAAAUCUCAGCACUCAGUGUUGUCCAUUUUAG